GUAUUCUGAUUUAGAGUCCUACGGUUAUAGUAAAUCUCUAUUAGCAUGAUUAGGAAGGUCCGAAUAUAUUGACAACAUUUGGUAUCUUUUAAGGAUGAAAAUCAGUUCAUAUGGAUUUGGUAGUAAGCUUUGCAGUCUAUAAAUGAUGAUGUUAUUAAUGCGCAUAUCAUUUCUACUGUCUUUUACGUCAGCCACAGACUGGAACAAGUUUGCAAAAGACAGCCUCAAAUCAGCAAUAAAACCUGAUGUCAACACCAAUGUUGCCAAAAACAUCAUUCUGUUUAUCGGAGACGGUAUGGGUAUGUCUACCAUAACUGCUUCUAGAAUAUACAAAGGCCAAAAACAAGGACGACCAGGGGAAGAAACAGUCUUAAAAUUUGAAGAAUUUCCACAUGUUGCGUUGUCAAAGGUUUAUGGUGUUGAUCGACAGGUACCAGAUUCUGCACAGACAGCUACAGCUUUGAUGGGUGGGGUUAAGACAAACGUUAAAGUUAUUGGAUAUACUGAAGAUGUUAAAACUGACAACUGUUCUACGGAAUCUAUAACUAAAAGGGUGUAUUCUAUUUUAGAUCACUUCCAAAAUGCAGGAAGAGGAACAGGAGUAGUGACAACAACCAGACUGACUCAUGCUACACCUGCAGCUGCCUACGCCCACUCAGCACAGAGAUAUUGGGAGAAUGAUAAAGACUUGAUUAACGCAGGAGUGACUGGUGGUUGUACCGACAUUGCUUAUCAACUUGUCAAUGAUAAUUAUGAUAUACAGGUAGCAAUGGGAGGUGGAAGACGAAAUUUUCUGCCAAACACAACUACAGAUCCAGAGUAUGGGAAAAUGGGAAAACGACAGGAUGGACUUGAUCUUACUAUGAGAUGGAAAGAAUUGCAAUUGGCAAGAGGUCGAAGUCACCAAUACGUGUGGAACAAUCAACAAUUUGAUAGCAUAAACCCAAUGACUACUGAUUAUGUACUUGGUUUGUUCGAAAAUUCUCACAUGCAGUAUGAGGUAGAUCGUAAUACAAGUUCAAAUGGGGAACCAAGUAUAGCUGAAAUGACGGAAAAAGCUAUAAAUAUACUAAAAAGAAACAAAAAUGGAUUUUUCUUAAUGGUUGAGGGUGGUCGAAUCGAUCACGCACAUCAUGACACAAAAGGAGCUUUAGCACUAGAGGAAACCUUAGCUUUUGAGGAGGCUAUAUCUACAGCUUUAGAAAUGACUGACAAGAGAGAGACAUUAAUUAUCGUAACAGCUGACCAUUCACAUGUCUUCUCCAUUGGUGGAUACACGAACAGAGGCAAUGAUAUUCUAGGACUAGUGGAACCAUUUGACGCCGAACCUUCUAUUGACGGAAUGCCGUAUACGACUUUAUCAUACGGCAAUGGCCCAGGAACAAAUUUUACAGCAGGGCGACAAAAUCUAAGCGGUAUCGACACAAGAUCGUUUGAUUAUAUUCAACAAAGUGCUGUACCAUUACAAUUCGAAACUCACAGUGGAGAAGAUGUUCCAAUAUUUGCUUCCGGUCCUGUUUCGUACUUAAUUCAUGGCGUUCAAGAACAACAUUAUGUGGCUCACGUUAUGCAGUAUGCUGCUUGCGUAGGCGAUUAUGCUAAUGACUGUGAUAGACAAAUUGAAACUGUUCAAACUUGUGCCGCUUUUCAUAUAUCUUACAAAAGUAGUAUUUUCCUUAUAUCUUUUCUGAUUUAUUCAUUUUUUUCGUGAUUGUUGAAAGGCUGUAAUAUAUGACGGUUAAUAAGAUAUGAGAAAAUCGGCACGGUAUGGGUUUUUUCCCCGUCGAAAUGCAUUGUCAUUAUUUGUUAUUAACAGAUGCUCAAGUUUUCAUUAGUUGCCAAAAUAUUUUAGUUAAUAUAUUCACGCUGGAAAAUAUUCACUUUUACUUGUCUUUAAAAUAUUCGGCUUCGCUUCGGACGCAUGAAAUUUAUAAAGUGUUGUUUUCAUUUUUGUAUUUGUAUGCUUUAAAGAAUUAUCAUGGUAAAUAACCACAACGAUUUCAAUAACGAAUAAGUUAAUUAGUUCGACAAUAUCAUAGACUAUUUAAUCGACCAUAUUUAUGUAUUUUGGUAAACUGAUAUUCCAAAUCGAUAGACCAAUGGGUACUCAUUGUCCACUGUAAGCCGUCGAUUAUUUUCUGUAAUGAAUGGAAGCAGAAUUUACAUCAAUCCAUAUAACAUACAGGUAGAGAAGCUUUAAAAUUAUUUUCAAAGAUUCAUGAAAACCGUAUAUCACUGUUGUUAUUAAAAUUGUUAAUACAUGAAAUUGUUGACUGUC